CUGGUGCAUCUGUCAGACUGGAGAAGAUGAGUGAUUCAAAAGAUGAGGAGGAGGACACAUCUUCCGUCUCCAGCUCUCUGUCUCUGAAGAGUGACGGGUCUAUUGACUUACCUCCAGCAUUCAGUAAUCAACCACAGCCCUCAGACCAGAAACGGAGAGCAGAGUCUCCAGUCCCCAGCUGUCUGUCUCUGAAGAGUGACCGGUCUACAGACAGACUUCUGGACUUCAGGGAUCAACCUGGACCCUCAGAAACAAAAGGGAAGAGGAACACAUCCAGAACAAGAGCUGGAGUGCAGAGAGACAGUGAGACCAGCACUGUACAAACAGAUAGUGGUCUGCAGGAGGUUUUAGAUGAACAUCGGAUCAGUCUGGGGAGGAGAUGUGAACAUGUGACUGAAGGAACUGAUACAAGUGAAACCCUCCUGAACAGGAUCUUCACUGAGCUCUACAUCACACAAGGCCUGAGUGAAGAGGUUAAUACCCAACAUGAGGUGAGGCAGCUGGAGACAGCUUCCCAGAAGAAGCCCCUCCAUGAAACUCCAAUCAAGUGCCAGGACAUCUUUAAAGCCUUACCUGACCAACCUCUCAUCAGAGCGGUCCUGACCAACGGAGUCGCUGGAGUUGGAAAAACCUUCUCAGUGCAGAAGUUCACUCUGGACUGGGCCGAGGGUUUGGAAAACCAAGAUGUCAGUCUGGUGAUCCCGCUCUCCUUCAGGGAGCUGAACCUGAUCAAAGGUGAGCAGUACAGUCUUCUCAGGCUGCUCCAUGAUUUCCAUCCAACCUUACAGAAGGUCACAGCAGAGCAGCUGGCUGUCUGCAAAGUGCUGCUCAUCUUUGACGGCCUGGAUGAAAGCAGACUUUCUCUGGACUUCAGAAACAAUGAGGUUGUGUCUGAUGUCUCACAGCAGUCCUCAGUCAACGUGCUGCUGACAAACCUCAUCAGGGGGAAGCUGCUUCCCUCGGCUCUCGUCUGGAUAACUUCCAGACCUGCAGCGUCCAAUCAGAUCCCUCCUGAGUGUGUGGACCGGGUAACAGAAGUACGAGGCUUCACUGACGCCCAGAAGGAGGAGUACUUCAGGAGGAGAUCGAGUGAUGAAGACCUGUCCAGCAGAAUCAUCUCUCACAUCAAGAGCUCCAGGAGCCUCCACAUCAUGUGUCUGACCCCAGUCUUCUGCUGGAUCACUGCUGCAGUUCUGGACCACAUGUUGACUACAGACCAGCGAGGACAGCUGCCCAAGACCCUCACUGACAUGUACUCACACUUCCUGCUGGUCCUGACAAAGAGGAAGAAGCAGAAGUAUGGUGAGGGACAUGAGACGAGUCCACAGCAGCUGACGAAGGCUGACAGGGAGGUUCUUCUGAAGCUGGGGAGGCUGGCGUUUGAACAUCUGGAGAAAGGAGACAUCAUGUUCUACCAAGAAGACCUGGAGCGCUGUGGUCUUGAUGUCACAGAGGCCUUGGUGCACUCAGGAGUUUGUACACAGAUCUUCAAAAGAGAGAGAGUGAUCUUCAAGCAAACAGUCUACUGCUUUGUUCAUCUGAGCAUUCAGGAGUUCCUGGCUGCAGUCUACAUGCUGCACUGUUACACCAACAGGAACACAGAGGUACUGAAGGACUUCCUGCAGGGAGACUAUAGCAACAGGUAUAACAGGUAUCAGGAUUACCCAUCCCUGGAUGUCUUCCUGGAGGGAGCCAUGAAGAAAUCCCUCAGAAGUGAAAAUGGCCACCUGGACCUGUUUUUCCGCUUUCUCCACGGCCUCUCUUUGGAGUCCAACCAGAGACUCUUAGGAGGCCUGCUGGGUCGCACAGACAACCGUCCAGAAACCAUCCAGAGAGCCAUCAACAACCUGAAGGAGAUGCACAGUGAUGAAAUCUCUCUUGACAGGAGCAUCAACAUCUUCCACUGUCUGACAGAGAUGAAGGACCACUCAGUCCAUCAGGAGAUCACAGAUGUACUGAAGUCAGAGAACCCAUCAGAGAUCUACUUGUCUUCUCUGGCCUACAUGCUGCAGAUGUCAGAGGAGGUUCUGGAUGAGUUGGACCACGAGAAGUACGGAACAUCAGAGGAGGGACGACAGAGAGUGAUUCCAGAUUUGAUGAACUGCAGCAAGGCUAUAUUUCCUAACUGUGGAAUCUCAGACUCUGACUGUGAAGUCGUGGCCUCCGCUCUGAAGUGCGACCCCUCCCAACUGAGAAAGCUGGACCUGAGAGGCAACAAGCUGCAGGAUUCAGGAGUGGAGAUGCUGAGUUCUGGACUAAAGAGUCCAAACUGUAAACUGGAGACUCUCAGACUGAGAGGCUGCAGGUUGUCAGAGAUCAGCUGUUCUGCUCUGAUCUCAGCUCUGAAGUCCAACCCUUCACAUCUGAGAGUUCUGAACCUGAGUUACAACAAGCUGCAGGAUUCAGGAGUGGAGCUGCUGAGAGAUCUUCUGGAGAGUCCAGACUGCAGACUGGUGGUUCUCAGUCUGAUGAGCUGCAGUUUGUCAGAGAUCAGCUGUUCUGGUCUGAUCUCAGCUCUGAAGUCCAACCCAUCCCAUCUGAGAGGUCUGGACCUGAGUCUCAACGCUCUGCAGGAUUCAGGAGUGGAGCUGCUGAGAGAUCUUCUGGAGAGUCCAGACUGCAGACUGAAGACUCUCAGUCUGCAGGGCUGCAGUUUGUCAGAGAUCAGCUGUUCUGCUCUGAUCUCAGCUCUGAAGUCCAACCCAUCCCAUCUGAGAGAUCUGUACCUGAGUCAGAACGCUCUGCAGGAUUCAGGAGUGGAGCUGCUGAGAGAUCUUCUGGAGAGUCCAGACUGCAGACUGGAGACUCUCAGACUGAGAGACUGCAGGUUGUCAGAGAUCAGCUGUUCUGCUCUGGCCUCAGCUCUGAAGUCCAACCCCUCCUACCUGAGAGAUCUGGACCUGAGUAAGAACGCUCUGCAGGAUUCAGGAGUGGAGCUGCUGAUAGAUCUUCUGGAGAAUCCAGACUGCAGACUGGAGACUCUCUGGAUAAAUGACGAGCCAAUCAGAGCCAAGAUACAGAAGAACUGUGACUCCGAUGUGGAACAGGAAGUGAAGACAGACAGAAAGGCUCCUGAAUCCUUCUCACCUGAACACACAACUGAGUCUUCAUACAGGUUCAGGUGUCCUGGUCCAGGUAUGUUCCAGUGUGCUUCGACUGGCCUGGUGUUCGUCAUGGCUCAGGAGGCGGAGCUUCUGUACAGGGCGGCCACUUGGGAUGAGAACCUCCUCCAAUCAGCUGGCAAGCAGGCAGCAGGGCCGCUGUUCGACGUGAAGUGUUCUGAUGAAGCUGCCGUCUGCCAGCUCCACCUGCCACACAGUGAGACAGAGGAUGCGCUGCUCCUGGACGGCCUGUUGUCUGUCGUCCACAUCACUGAUGAAGGCCUGAGCAUCUUGGAGCCGCUGGAGGUCACACACACUCACGUGGUGGUGAAGGUGCUUCACCUCUCUCUCUUUGGCCUUAUCAUCGAUACAUUGAAAAGGCUUCUGAAGUGGCGAAUAAAGGGCCAAAUUCUGCUGUUCCUACGACCCCCGGGCCGAGAGGAACAAAUACUGGAUGUAUUUCUGCUGCAGAACAACGUCCUUGAGGAGGAGGUUGUUAAAAAACACAGUCGUGCUGUGAACAUCCCAAUCUCCUCCGACUGUGAGCUGGACAUUGAUCACAGUUACAGUGUGCACUGUGAACCUGAGGGCUUCUUCAUUCAGCCUCAGAGUAAAAGAUUUGAUUCCAGGUUUGGACCAAACUACCACCCGGCAUUUCUAGUUUCCCUGACGACGAGCACAGAGAGAGUGGUUUUGAAGGUCAAGGACCAAGGUGGAAAUGAAGUCUUGAAAUGUCGCGUGUCACUGGAAGUUCCAAGGAAGGAAUUGUUCCGGAGAAAUGUCCCAGAGAGCAGAGUCCCAGCAGUGAGCAGAGUCCCAGCAGAGAGCAGAGUCCCAGCAGAGAGCAGAGUCCCAGCAGAGAGCAGAGUCCCAGCAGAGAGCAGAGUCCCAGCAGAGAGCAGAGACCCAGCAGAGAGCAGAGUCCCAGCAGAGAGCAGAGUCCCAGCAGAGAGCAGAGUCCCAGCAAACCAGAGGCUGCGCUCAGUUCGGACAGAGUUCAUUCAAAGAGUGACUCCAACUCUCCUGAACGACCUUCUGGAUAAACUCUUUGACUCUGAAGUGAUCAGUGAAUCUGAAAUGACGUCGGCCAGAGCAAAACCCCAAAAUGACGGAGCACGAGAGGUGGUGGACGCGGUGCGAAGAAAAGGAGCUGCAGCCAGCAGGGUUCUGAUCAAUGUUCUCCGUGAGCUGGACCCGUAUCUUUGCGAAGAGCUCAACUUGAGCUGAGGAAAAACCUUGUGGAGUGUGUGUGACAGUUGAAGUCUAGUCCUCUGUUUUGUUACCUGUACAUGUUUCCACUUGUCCUUGAAGGUAACACAGAUUCUGAGCGAAGGCCACUUUCCUUCUCUCUUUUCUCCUGGACUCCCUCCUGAGAGCAUCUACCCGUAUCGGCCUUCCUUUGGUGUUAUCUUGAGUUUUUUUCAAGUACAUGUUUACUUUAUUACAUACAAUACUUUAAUUUACCAGCAUCCAUUUCAUCCUUUCACAUUUUUGUCAGGCAUAGGAGCCGGGUCAUGACAAAAAUAAGGGCUUGUUCUUAUUUUACCAAUUGGUACUGACUUCUGGGUAAGAUUUGGGAUUUUGGGGCAUUUGGUACCUAGGCAUGCGAUUUGGAGUUUUAUUUGUUUUGUAUAAUCAAACUGCAAAAACCUGUACCUGUUGGUGCUGGUGAAUGUAAAUACAAUAUACUUAGGUAGUGAAUUAAACCCAGUGGUGUUCAGUAACUAAGUACAUUUACUCAAGUAUUGUACUUAAGUACAAUUCUGAAGUACUUAUACUUUACUUGAGUAUCUCAAUAUCUUUGCUACUUUGUACUUCUACCCAGUGGCGGCUGGCCCAUAGGGGGCGAUAGGGCGCCGCCCUCCCUAAACCCAAGCCCCCAGGAAGUGCGCCGGACUCUGUGCCCAAUAUUCCUUGUGUCCAAAUGGCGGUACUGCAACUUCCGUAUCAGUCCGUGACGUUACCCGGCCCAAACAUUUUUUUUCCCAUUGUGUAACAUGGGGAAAGAGACGUCUGUAAAUCGGUGGAUACUUUUUUAUUAGAAUCAUUCGGUUGUUAAAGUUAUAAAAUGCACUAAAAGCCAAAUCUAGAUUUAUUUUUUCUCUCAAUUCAUUCUAGUGAGCCAGGCAUGAUGGGUAAUCUGUGACGUUUCGCUCUCUCAAAAGUUGGGCCAUUUUGUCUUCAUGCGCCAAUGAGCAGCUCUCAUAGGAAAGAACGAGACCCCGCCUCCGACGCUGUUUCCAGUUCCUAUUAUACAUCCAUGACUAAACCACACACACAAGGAAAUGCUUUUCUAUUUUUAAACUUAUUUUAAAUUGCUUGUCCUAUACUGUGGCUGCUUCUCAAUGUCAAGGAAGGAUGCUUCAGAGCCUCCAAAUAAAUAAUUAAAAUGAA